GCUUGGAGGUAAUUUAUUUCGAAUGUAAAGAUUAUACGUGGUGUAUUUGGAACACAAGUUAAGGUUUAUAUCAUCUAUGGAUGUCCACUAUUUUUGUUUGUUAAAAAAUAAGAUUAUUGCUGAUCGCGUGAAUUCAUUUUACUCUGCUACAAGUAAACUAGAGGUUGUGAUAAUUAUAUCCGUAAGAAACUGCUUAACUUUUUACUGUAAAUGAAAUUUAUAGCAAAUCAACUAUUGUCCAAAAAAAAAUAUUUUUACUUAUAAUUUACAUACUCAUUCAUGUCCAAUUUUUUUUGACGGUUUGCUAUUUUGAGUAGAGUAGCUUAUUCUUGUGACUUGUGAGGUUGAUACUCCUCUUCCGAAGAUUCCUUGCUCGUUCAAGAAAGUAACCAAAAAUCUACAUGAACAUCAACUAUUAUUCUUUCUUUUUGCAUUUUUUUCUAAACUCUUAACGACGUAAUUAUACUAUGUUUAUUAGUUGUUAUCCGUAUGCAGAUAAAUGUUCUUUUUUUAUGAAAGCGUGGAUAAAGUCACUAGAGAAUGAUAAUACGUCCAUGAUUGAAUCUAUGCUACUAUAUUCCCGUUUAAUUCAAAUGUAUCCAGCUUUAUCUUUUAGUGCAUGCGGGGACUUGCAAAUUAAAAAAAAAUCAAAAUUUAACCAGAAAAAAACCAUUGUCAACAAAAAUAAUGACCUUAGAUUACGAUCUACUGGACUAUAAUCAAUCAAACCUAAACUAAGAUAAACUGAACUAUUAUGUUUGCUUUGAUGUACAUUUAUAACCCAAAACCAAAUUUGACUUUAUGCAUAUAUAUAGUUAAGGGUUAUAUGUAUUAAGCUUACUCUUUACGUUCAGUAACACUCAUCAUUUCUUCUAUAUAUGUUGUAAAAUCGAUCGUACAUAAUAAUUAAUAAUACACAAUAAUAUCAUACGAUGUAUCUGUAGUUUACUUUCUUUGGGGGAUAAAGAACAUGCUCAAGUUCAUGCUAAUAAUCAUAAAAGCAUUGGGAUAGCCAUAUGAAAAAGCCACAAAAUAAAAUUAAGAAAACUUAACGAAUGGUUUUUCUAUAGCAAAGUUUCUAGUAUAAUAUUGAAUUGAUAUAAAUUGCUUCUUUUUUAGUUCGUGAAAUCAUCAUGUAAAUAAUUAAAUAUGGGAUCAAUCAUGACGAAAAGAAAUGAAAAUAAUCAUUUGGAUCCAAGAGAUAUGCAGGGCUUGCAAUCAUGAGUAUUGUAAAGCAUGUGAUUAGCCCAUCAUUUGAUCAAGUGACACAUAUAUGAUAUUCAUAGGGAAACUCCUCGAUCAUAUGCACUCGAUCAUCAAUUGCCACAAAAACAAAUAAAAUGUUAUAAAAAGAAGUUCACGUAUUGGUUCCGUUGUUAAAAAGAAGAAGAAAGGACAAGUUCGCAUAUUAGGUGUAGAGUCAAUUUUGUAAAUGACAAGAAUAGAUGACAAUGAAUUUUGUCAACAAUUUGAAGUAGAUUUGAUGGAAAUAGAAUUUUACGUGUGUAUGUACCACCUAAAUGAUAAAAAAAACAAAUGAGUGAUCUAGGCGAAUUCUAGUUAGCUAAGCAAUUCGGUUCAAAGCAAUCCCACGAGAUAUGGAACUAUACUAUAGACUUUAUUUGAAUACCCGGAAAUGAUCAAUUCGUGAGCUAUACUUCCCUUUGGAAGAUUAGUCUGGUAUUUUCAUAGGUUUAGGAUACUCCCAGUUUAAUAAAAAAACGAUAAGAAAAUAGUCUUAGACAAGUGACAUGACAUCCAUGUAGAACUCAAAUGCCAUCGUUAUAUUAAAACAAAUAUAAACCUAUUUGGGAUGGAACCAGUUUUUUUAUAACGAUUUAGGAUGAUAAGCUAACAAAUUUUCAGACUAAGUUUUUCUUAAUAUGAAAUUUUUUUACAGAAAAUCAAAGUUCAUAAUCAAAGUUGAUUCGGAAAAAGUUUUUUUUUAUCAAAGUUCAUAAGUAACUGAAAACCAAAACAUGGUACAGCUACAACUACAAGUGAUCAUAAGUAGGCACAAAGAAUCUCACGUUCCCAAAAAUAAUAGCAUGCCUAAAGUGAAAAGAAAAUUAGAGAGAGGAAGAAAAUAAAGAAAUAGAAGAUGAAAAAAAACUCAUUGCAGAUUGGCUCAUAAUCUUACAUGACUUACUUUGGCCAAUCCUAAAAGCCAUAUAUACUCAUUUCACUUUCAGUCAUAUGAUUAGAUGGUGAUGAUAAUAUGAUGUUGCACAUUUCCAUGUUACCCACUUUUUGUAUAUAUAAAAAUUCCACAAAGCAAUCUUCAGAAUAAACGAGAGGGUCCACAUAGUGAAAGUGACCACAUCUAUUUAAGCACACAUUUCAUUGUUGCACAUAACCAAAGCCACCACCACUUCAGCUUAUCUCCUGUUCUUCAUAUCAUUUCAUCUUUUGAGUUUAAGCAAAAUAAUACUUAUAUUAAAUAUGGAUUUUAAUGGUAAUUCAUAUACCGAUUCUUCCUCUAGAUCGAAAAAGAGCCAUAGGCAAAAGCAGCAACAACAGCAGCCGCAACCACAACAUAAUGAAGAUAUAAAGUAUGUAGGAGUGAGACGGAGGCCGUGGGGAAGAUACGCAGCUGAAAUAAGAAACCCUACUACAAAAGAAAGGUAUUGGUUAGGUACUUUUGAUACCGCCGAGGAGGCUGCAUUGGCCUAUGAUAGAGCGGCACGGUCCAUAAGAGGCUUGACUGCUCGGACCAACUUUGUCUACUCCGAUAUGCCUCGUGGCUCCUCAGUAACUUCCUUCAUUUCUCCUGACGAAUCCCAACGUUUCAUUUCCGAGUUAUUCAACACUUCAAGCCAACUAGAAGCUACUAACAACAUCAACAACAACAACAACAAUCUCUAUUCAUCGACCAACAAUGGGUGGCCACAUGAGUCUGAAUGUGGUUAUCAAUGUAUCAACACUAACGAUGAGCAUUGUGAUCAUGAGCUUCCACCUUUUCCUCCAAGUACUUGUUGUGGAGCUGAACUUAUGAUUCCGGAGACCGAUAGCUAUUGGAAUGUUGUGCAUGCUAGCAUGAAUACAUUUUCCUUUGAGCCUGAUGGCUUUGUGGGUCAAAAUAGUCUUGGCGAGAGUGGAACAAAAGGGUUUGACUCUUCAUCCUCCACAUUCUUCUACCAAUCAUAG